GAUCGAACGAAUUUGGCAAGGGAUCGGUUGUCGCAACACUCGGCCUGCCAGUUCUCUGGUGGCAUUCGUGGCGCGUGCAUCUUGCAAUAUAUCUCAGCGAUUGAGAUUCGGGAGAAAUCCUAAAGAAAAUACCCUGAAAAAAAAUCCUCGGCAGGAUCUUAUUGGUUUUUUGAUCGUGGCAACGUAAGGACAAACGGUAGACGCUGUGGAGCUGCAAAGAGAGAAGGCGCUCGAAUUCUUCCGAGUCUUGACCUUUGUGCUGCUGUUCCUCAUAAUAUCCCUGUACCUCUAUCGUUUCGCAUUCUAAAGGAGUUCGAGUUGAGUGCCUCUGGCCGAUUUGGCCGCAGCUGAGAGAUGCCCAAAUUACCAGCGGUUGGCAUUGAUCUUGGCACCACGUACUCGUGUGUCGGUGUCUUUCAGCAUGGCAAGGUGGAGAUCAUCGCCAACGACCAGGGUAACCGCACCACGCCCAGUUAUGUGGCGUUCACGGAGUCGGAGCGUCUAAUCGGCGAUGCGGCCAAGAACCAGGUGGCCAUGAAUCCCAACAACACGAUCUUCGAUGCCAAGCGGCUGAUUGGCCGCAGAUUCGACGAUGCCGCCGUUCAGUCGGACAUGAAGCACUGGCCCUUCGAGGUGGUUGCCGAGAAUGGAAAGCCAAGGAUUCGGGUGGAGUACAAGGGCGAGCGGAAGAGCUUCUAUCCGGAGGAGGUCUCCUCGAUGGUCUUGACCAAAAUGCGCGAGACAGCGGAGGCUUAUCUGGGUGGCUCCGUUACGGAUGCGGUGGUCACCGUGCCGGCUUACUUCAAUGACUCCCAGCGACAGGCCACCAAGGAUGCGGGUGCCAUUGCCGGUUUGAAUGUCCUGCGGAUCAUCAACGAACCCACAGCGGCUGCUAUCGCCUAUGGAUUGGAUAAGGUGGGCACUAGCGAGCGGAAUGUCCUGAUCUUUGAUCUCGGUGGUGGAACCUUCGAUGUAUCCGUGCUGACCAUCGAGGAUGGCAUCUUCGAGGUGAAGGCCACCGCUGGGGACACUCAUCUCGGCGGUGAGGACUUCGACAACCGUCUGGUGAAUCAUUUUGUGCAGGAGUUCCAGCGGAAGCACAAGAAGGAUCUUGGCCAGAAUAAGCGAGCUUUAAGGCGUCUGCGCACCGCCUGCGAACGGGCCAAAAGGACCCUUUCCUCGUCCACACAGGCCAGCAUCGAGAUUGAUUCGCUCUUCGAGGGCGUGGACUUCUAUACUUCAGUAACACGCGCCCGUUUCGAGGAGUUGAACGGGGAUCUGUUCCGGGGAACCAUGGAACCGGUGGCCAAGGCGUUGCGGGAUGCCAAAAUGGACAAGGGUCAGAUCCACGACAUCGUUUUGGUUGGUGGUUCGACGCGGAUUCCCAAGGUGCAGCGACUGCUGCAGGACUUCUUCAACGGCAAGGAGCUGAACAAGUCCAUCAAUCCCGACGAGGCGGUGGCUUAUGGUGCCGCCGUGCAGGCAGCCAUCCUUCAUGGCGACAAAUCGGAGGCGGUGCAGGAUCUCCUUCUGCUCGAUGUAACGCCACUUUCCCUGGGCAUUGAGACCGCCGGCGGGGUGAUGACCACGCUGAUCAAGCGGAACACCACCAUACCCACCAAGCAGACGCAGAUCUUCACCACCUAUGCGGACAACCAGCCGGGAGUGCUCAUCCAGGUGUUCGAGGGAGAACGCGCGAUGACGCGGGACAACAAUAGUUUGGGAAAGUUCGAGCUCUCGGCGAUUCCGCCGGCACCACGUGGAGUGCCACAGGUGGAGGUGACCUUUGACAUCGAUGCGAAUGGAAUACUCAAUGUGACGGCGCUGGAGAAGUCGACGGGGAAGGAGAACCGCAUCACGAUCACCAACGACAAGGGUCGCCUGUCCAAGGAGGACAUCGAGCGGAUGGUCAACGAUGCGGAGGCGUAUCGCCAGGCGGAUGAGCAGCAGCGGGAUCGGAUCAAUGCCAAGAACCAGCUGGAGUCGUACUGCUUCCAGCUGCGCUCCACCCUCGACGAUCAGCAGCUGAGCAGUCGGAUCAGUCCCGCGGAUCGGGAGACCAUCCAGCAGCGCUCCAGCGAGACCAUUUCGUGGCUAGAUGCCAACCAGUUGGCCGAGCGGCAGGAGUUCGAGCACCGGCAGCAGGAGCUGGAGAGGAUCUGCAGUCCGAUCAUCACGCGGUUGUAUCAGGGCGCCGGAAUGCCACCACCACCACCAUCCGGCGGAGGCUCCUCCAAUUCGGGAGCAACUGGUGGAUCUGGCCCCACUAUCGAGGAGGUGGAUUAGGGCAUUGGGAACGGGGAGGAACUGUUUCCUUUUGGUCCUUCACAGUGAUUUCAAAUAUGUUCGUUAUCCCUGAAAAUUUUAAAGUUCUUAGCAAACAUUUUGAAGCUUUAUAAAAAUUACUCUUUUAGAUCAAAUAAAUUUUACUUGUUUGACAAUAA